CACCGUCGUGGCCCCGCCCCUGGAGCGGCCGUCUCGCUGGUAGUCCCGCCCACCUGUUGAUAGUCUGUAGCUCCUCCCCCCGGUGUGCUGCGGCUGCUGCCCUCUGCUGGCAGGCCGGUGUGGGGUUCGCGGCCUGUUUGUUUCGCACACAGCUCAUUGAACUCGGUUUUGUGUGUAGAUACCGGCCAGAGCUUUGUGCAGACCUGGCGACUCCUGGGUGGCAGCGGCAGCGCCUGUCCGGAUGGCGGCGGCGCUCGGACAAUAUUGAACCAAUGAGCUCCAAGAGGCGCAGGGCCACGUCCCCAUCCAGCAGUGUCAGCGGGGGGGACUUUGACGAUUCCCCGCACACCACAAGUACCCCAAGCUCUGGCAGGAAACGGAGGAGACUCGCAACCGUGCCAAAUGUGGACCCAAUCGCCGUGUGCCAUGAACUGUACAACACGGUCAGGGACUAUAAAGACGAGCAAGGUCGCAUUCUUUGUGAGCUUUUUAUUAGAGCACCGAAACGCAGGAACCAGCCAGAUUAUUAUAACAUCAUUUCCCAACCCAUUGACUUGAUGAAAAUCCAGCAGAAGCUGAAGAUGGACGAGUAUGAGGAUGUCAGCCUGCUGACUGCAGACUUCCAGUUACUCUUUCAGAAUGCAAAAACGUAUUAUAAGUCUGAUACUUCAGAAUACAAAGCAGCAUGUAAGUUGUGGGACCUUUACCUGCGCACACGUAAUGAGUUUGUCCAGAAGGGUGAAUGUGAAGAUGAUGAGGAUGACGAAGAGGAUACACAGGACACUCCAGAAGUAGAGACUUCACAGAAAUACUUAAAGCCAAUCUUGGAACAGCUGCUGGAAUCUUUAACCACUGCUGCGGAUCCGAAUGGCAGACUGAUAAGUGAACUCUUUCAGAAAGUCCCUUCUAAAGUGCAUUACCCAGACUACUACGCCAUAAUAAAAGAUCCGAUUGAUCUGAAAACAAUUGCCCAAAGGAUUCAGUCUGGUCAUUACAAAAACUUAAAUGCAAUGGCCAAGGAUAUUGAUCUACUAGCAAAGAAUGCCAAGACCUAUAACGAACCAGGUUCCCAGGUGUUCAAGGAUGCCAACACAAUCAAGAAACUGUUUGCACUUAAAAAGUCUGAACUGGACUGCACUGAGUACUCCAAAUCAAGUCUCCGCAGCAGGAACAAGAGGCCAGCACAAGGGGAUCGAUUAUCUGCCAUCACAAUGGCCCUCCAGUACGGCUCAGAGAGUGAGGACGAUGCUUCUCUAAACGCAGCAUCAUCCAUCCGCUAUGAGGAAGGAGAGUCAGAAGGAGAAAGCAUCACCUCAUUCAUGGAUAUAUCCAGCCCAUUAUAUCAGCUUUAUGAGACCGUUCGAUCUUGUCGAAAUAACCAGGGUCAACUGAUUGCUGAACCGUUCUUCCACCUCCCGUCAAAGAAGAAGUAUCCAGAUUAUUACCAGCAAAUCAAGAACCCCAUAGCUCUACAGCAGAUUAGAACAAAACUAAAGAACCAAGACUAUGAUAAUCUGGAUCAUCUGGAGGCAGAUUUAAAUUUGAUGUUUGAGAAUGCAAAGCGCUAUAAUGUCCCAAAUUCAGCAAUUUACAAGCGGGUCUUUAAACUGCAGCAGCUAAUGCAGGCUAAAAAGAAAGAGCUGGCUCGCAGAGACCUCGAUAUAGAGGACGGAGACAGCAUGAUUUCCUCCGCCACAUCUGACACCGGCAGCGCAAAGAGGAAGAGCAAGAAAAACGUUCGGAAACAGAGGAUGAAGAUUCUAUUCAAUGCGGUCCUGGAGGCCCGGGAGACUAUUAGCAAUCGUCGCCUUUGUGAACUUUUCAUGUUCAAACCAUCUAAAAAAGACUACCCAGAUUAUUAUAAGAUUAUCCUGGAACCCAUGGACUUAAAAACGAUCGAACACAAUAUCCGCACUGACAAAUAUUCCACAGAGGACGCCAUGAUGGACGACAUGAAGCUGAUGUUCCGGAACGCCUGGCACUAUAAUGAAGAAGGCUCACAGGUCUACAACGAUGCUCACGUUUUGGAGAAGAUCCUCAAGGAGAAAAGGAAAGAGCUUGGUACUUUGCCAGAUGACGACGAUGUGGCUUCGCCGAAGCUCAAGCUAAGUAGAAAAAGUGGAAUAUCUCCAAAGAAAACCAAAUAUCUAAGCCCCAUGCAGCAAAAACUGAAUGAAGUGUAUGAAGCCGUAAAGAAUUACACAGAUAAGCGUGGCAGACGUCUCAGCGCCAUCUUUCUGCGUCUUCCUUCCCGCUCCGAGCUCCCAGACUACUAUGUGACCAUCAAAAAGCCCAUCGACAUGGAAAAGAUCCGGAGUCACAUAAUGGCCAACAAGUACCAAGACAUAGAUGCCAUGUUCGAGGACUUUGUCAUCAUGUUCAAUAACGCAUGCACUUACAAUGAGCCAGAGUCCUUAAUUUACAAGGAUGCUUUGGUUCUUCAUAAGGUGUUACUGGAGACCCGUAGAGAUAUUGAAGGCGAUGAGGAUUCCCAUGUUCCUAAUGUAACUUUGCUCAUCCAGGAACUCAUACACAAUCUGUUUGUGUCCAUGAUGAGCCAUCAGGAUGAUGAAGGAAGAUGUUACAGUGAUUCUCUGGCUGAAAUUCCUGCAGUUGAUCCUAAAUUUCCAAAGAGGCCUCCUCUGACAUUUGAGAUUAUUCGAAAGAACGUGGAAAACAAUCGCUAUCGAAGACUUGACCUUUUCCAGGAGCACAUGUUUGAGGUUCUGGAAAGAGCACGGCGAAUGAAUAGGACGGACUCUGAAAUCUACGAGGACUCUGUCGAGCUUCAACAGUUCUUUAUUAAGAUACGAGAUGAACUUUGCAAGAAUGGCGAGAUCCUCCUUUCUCCAGCCUUGAGCUAUACUACCAAGCACCUACACAAUGAUGUCGAAAAAGAGAAGAAGGAGAAGCUACCUAAAGAACUAGAAGAAGACAAAGUCAAAAGAGAGGAAGAGAAAAAAGAAGCUGAGAAGAGUGAAGAUCCCGGAGGAGUUUCUGGUCAGUCCGGACAAUACCGAACCUACAGCCAAGACUGCAGUUUCAAGAACAGCAUGUACCAUGUUGGGGAUUAUGUGUAUGUGGAGCCUGCAGAGGCAAACCUCCAGCCACAUAUUGUCUGUAUUGAGCGCCUCUGGGAGGACAAUGCAGGCGAGAAGUGGUUGUACGGCUGUUGGUUCUAUCGUCCCAAUGAAACGUUUCACCUCGCCACUCGUAAAUUCCUACAGAAGGAAGUCUUCAAGAGUGACUACUAUAACAAGGUCCCUGUAAAUAAAAUCCUUGGCAAGUGUGUUGUGAUGUUUGUGAAGGAAUACUUCAAAAUUUGCCCAGAAAACUUUCGAGAUGAGGAUGUGUAUGUAUGUGAAUCUCGGUAUUCUGCCAAAACCAAAUCCUUUAAGAAGAUUAAGUUAUGGACCAUGCCGGUCAGUUCAGUGCGCUUCAGGCCCAGAGAAAUACCUCUGCCCGUUGUGAGAGUGGCUUCAGUGUUUGCACAUAAAGAUAAGGUAGACGAAGAUGCAGCCUCAGAAAACAUGGAGGACACAAAGGAUGAGGAUAUCACACUCUGUCUGGAAAAGGAAAAAGAAGAUGUACCUGUUGAUAUGCCCAAUGGGGAACCUGGGUGCUAUUAUUAUGAGCAGCUUCGGUACAAUGACAUGUGGCUGAAGGUUGGAGACUGUGUAUUUAUCAAGUCACAUGGAUUAGUUAGGCCAAGAGUGGGCAGAAUCGAAAAAAUGUGGCUUCGAGAUGGGGCUGCUUAUUUCUUUGGACCAAUAUUUAUUCAUCCCGAAGAAACAAUCCAUGAGCCAACCAAAAUGUUCUACAAGAAGGAAGUGUUCUUGAGUAAUUUAGAAGAAACCUGCCCCAUGACCUGUAUUUUAGGAAAGUGUGGAGUCUUAUCCUUCAAAGAUUUUUUGUCUUGCCGUCCAACGGAAAUCCCUGAAAAUGAUGUACUGCUUUGUGAGAGUCGCUAUAAUGAGAGCGACAAGCAAAUGAAGAGGUUUAAAGGGUUAAAAAGGUUUUCUCUGUCUGCUAAAGUUGUGGAUGAUGAAAUCUAUUAUUUUAGGAAACCCAUUGUCCCUCAAAAAGAGCCAUCUCCACUUUUGGAAAAGAAGAUCCAAGAUUUGGAGGCGAAAUUUGCAGAGUUGGAGGGCGGUGAUGACGAUAUUGAAGAUAUGGGAGAUGAUGAUGGAGAGAUGUUGGAGGCCCCAUCCCUCCCACAGCUCCAAACGCCCAUGACUGGUGAAUUAGAGCUCUUGCAAUACACUCCCCAACAGUCAACACCUAAGUCUGGCAAGAACAGCACUAAGAAAGAAGGAGGCAAGAGGAAGAUUAACAUGAGCGGUUACAUCCUCUUCAGUAGCGAAAUGAGGGCAAUUAUAAAAGCUCAACAUCCAGACUACUCCUUUGGUGAACUCAGCAGAUUGGUAGGAACAGAGUGGCGGAACCUGGAGGCAACAAAAAAAGCGGAUUAUGAAGAACGUGCUGCCAAAGUAGCAGAGCAACAAGAAAGGGAGCGAGCAGCACAGCAGCAACAGCAGCAGCAGAACUCUUCUCCCAGAGCUGGCACUCCUGUGGGAGCUCUAAUGGGAGUUGUACCUCCACCAACGCCGAUGGGAAUGCUUAACCAGCAGAUGACACCGGCCUCAGGCAUGAUAGGGGGCUAUCCGCCUGGCCUGCCACCCAUGCAGGGCCCAGUUGAUGGCAUUAUUAGCAUGGGCAGCAUGCAGCCUCAUCAUCAUGGGGUGUUACCACCUCCCCACCUCCUUCAUCCAGGUAUACCAGGCAUACCGGGCAUCCCGCUGCAGGGAGUCAUGGCCCAAGGUGUGUCUUCCAUGGUAGGGACAACUGCAGCUGGAAACAACCCUUACAAUCAGCAGAUGGGUCUUCUAGUCCAACCCGGGCAGCAGGCACCGCCGCCUUAUCCAGGUCAGACUCAAGCUAAUCAGCCUGUCAUGCAGCAGCCAUCUACCCCAAUAUUUGUUGCACCCCCUCCAAGGACUCAAAGGUUACUCCAUUCUGAAGCGUACUUGAAGUAUAUAGAAGGCUUAACAGCAGAAUCUAAUUGCAUCAGCAAAUGGGACCAGACAUUGUCAGCUCGGAGACGAGAUAUCCACUUAUCCAAAGAACAGGAGAGCCGACUUCCUUCCCACUGGUUGAAGAGCAAAGGGGCCCACACAACCAUGGCCAACGCCUUGUGGCGCCUGCGAGAUCUCAUGCUUAGAGACACCCUAAACAUCCGCCAGGCUUACAACAUUGAAAACGUCUAACCUCUCACUACUGUUUUCCCUUUCAUACCAAGAAACUUUUUGUGGAUCAAUUGAUGUUUUUAGUGACUGGAGGCCAAUAUUUUUUAUUGCAUUUCUGUACAUUGUAAGACCAUUUUGAUAUGAGGACAUUUUUAAUAAUCUUAUUUUGAUUGUGUUGCUUUUUUUCAUUAUGUAUUAAGUUGUCAAAUACAAAGUUUUUACAUGUUUUCGGUUGUGUUUCUGGGGUUCAGUGUCCACGAUGCUCAUGGCUGGUGUGUUGGGUGCAUAGUUUUUUAUUGUAAUUGUGGGUUCAGCUGUACCACACACUGCCAUUAUUUUAAAUUAAAUGUUUUUGUCACUACACUGGCCUAUAGUCUUACUGCAUUUAUGUACUUUUAUCCUUGCCAGGCUUAUUACACCACAACCAUUCAAGGGCUGCACAUACGUUAUAUUUUGAAUACGUCCCAUUUAUCCAUAUUAAAGGGUUUAUCUGAAAAUAAAAAUAUUUAUCUGGA